CACAAUCGCUCGUCCGCGCAUCUCUUAUUUUGCCGAAAGCGCUUUGCAGGAGACUGAGCGGUUUCAACAAUGUCGGAAAUGGCAGAGCUGUCCGAGCUGUAUGAAGAGUGCAAUGACCUACAGAUGGAUGUGAUGCCUGGCGAGGGUGACCUUCCGCAGAUGGAGGUAGGCAGCGGGAACCGGGAGCCAUCCCUGAGCCCCUCCCGCAAUGGGGCCCAGCCACAGCUCGAGGAGGAAGGCCCAAUGGAGGCGGAGGAGGCCCAGCCAAUGGCGGCGCCAAAGGGGAAACGCGGCCUGGCUAACCGGCCCAACCCUGGGGAACAGCCGGGCCAGAUCGCGGGCCCAGACUUCGAGAGCGAGGAUGAGGGCGAGGAAUUUGAUGACUGGGAGGACGACUACGACUAUCCCGAAGAGGAGCAGCUGAGUGGUGCUGGCUACAGAGUGUCAGCCGCCCUUGAAGAAGCCAACAAGAUGUUUCUGAGAACAUCCCGAGCACGGGAGGCAGCCCUGGAUGGCGGGUUUCAGAUGCAUUAUGAGAAGACCCCGUUUGAUCAGUUAGCUUUUAUCGAAGAGCUUUUUUCACUUAUGGUGGUCAAUCGUCUAACCGAAGAACUCGGUUGUGAUGAGAUUAUUGAUAGAGAGUAGUUUAAUGCAGAUAAGAGGAGGAAACUACUUGAGGAGAGACCCAACUUUCCGCUGUUCUUUGGGUUCAUUCCAAAUCGUUCUGUGGCAAUGAAAAACUUGAUUCGGGGGAAAAAAAAUUGGUUUUUGUUUUUCAGAAUACAGGACAAUAGGACAGUGAUUGCACAGUUGUGAAAAGACAAAGAAUCAUGAAAGAAAAGGGGUCUUAAGACUGUUGAAAUCUGUUUUCCAAGAAUGUCCUGAAACACCUAUGGCUUUGACUUUGUUAUUGAUCAAGAUUAUUUUCCUUCCACUGGGGAAGAUAUCUAGUCUGUAAAGAAGGUUUUACAAGAGUAAAUCAUGACCAAGACAAACUGCCAAUACAGGAGCCCACUGAUACGAAUUCUAAGAGGGGAAAAACAAAAAAACAUACAAGUUAUUUGGACUGAAAAACCUGUUGAGAAACUCAAAAUUCUACUUCGUGAUCUAGCCAAGUCAUGGUUAUCAAAGGCUAAAUUUGGAGUGUAAGAUGAAUUGAGUAUUCAUUUACGAAAGGAUAAGUGAAUUAAAAUAUAUGUAUCACAUAUACUAUAUCUUAAAAUGUGUUUCCAAGAGCAUCUGAAAUUUUGUACGUGUAUUUUGAUCAUUUAUAAAACCGUGAUCUAUUAAUUCAGGAAAAUCUAUUGACAUGAUUUUUAAAGUAAAAAUGUCUUUUUACAAAGUUUCAAAUUUUGACAUUGAAAUGUAUGUGAAAGUACCAAAAAGACAAAUUAUUUCUAAUACCCUUAUAUACUAGGGAAGUUUUGUUUUGCUUGCUGAUUUUCGUUUAACUUGACAGGUGAAAGACUUUAGUUGAACUUGGUAUUGUAACAACUGUUGGUGAAAAUUGUCAAGUGAAAGGAAAGCCCUCUACUUUAAAAAGACUGUAUGGACAUUAAUUAUGCUGUCAACCUUUGAAGGUUUUAAACCUGCUCAGAAAUUCACCUCAGUAUCUGAAGUUUCCCUCUGUCUCCUCCUCUAAUUAAACUUGUUAUUCCUUAUGCACCAGCAUUGGAGAUAAUAAAAUUUGUUGUUCUGUGUA